CGCCGUCGGCGACAUUUCAGGUCACUCGUGCGAAGGUCCUGAGUUCGAUCCCCCGCUCUGCGAACUCGCGAUGAUGAUUCAUUUCGCGAAACCGCGGACCUCGUUCAUUCCGACCGUCCACUGAACCACGGCAUACUUGUAGUUCCAACCUUAGUUCGUUUCCUCACCUGAGGAAUUCACGAGAGUCACGUUUCAUAACAUAGAGAGUGUUUUUGAAUCAACCGGAAUCAGCUAUGCCUCAUCUUGCGCUUCGCGUCGGAUAAAGUGAUUGUCGCCCGAACAAAAUUUAAGAUGAGAAUUCGGCAUAUGCGCCGGACUGUUUGUACUCGUGAAAUUGCGGAAUAUGAAGUGUAAAAUGCAGUGCGGAUCUUUGAUCCCAAUGAAUGGUGUCAAUGUGGCGGAUUUUUAUGGUUUUCGCGGAAAAAUGGCACGAGGUCUGGGCAGCAAGGGCCGGACGCCAGUUAACACUGAAUUGGCGAUGAGCGGCUCCACAGCUUACUGACGUGAAGAUGUGAUGAACAUGUGAAGACUGCACACUGACGAGGAUGACGCAAGUGCAAGCCACUGUUGAGUUCGCCGUUGAACUCCUCGAGUUCCACAACGUUGAUCUCUUCCAGAGAGGAUAUUAUCAGCUCCGUACAUACCUCAGAGCGUCACCAAAGCUUUCAGUUCGCAUUGAAGUCAAUCUACCUCGAAACAAAGAUGCGGAAGAGCGACAGCGUGCAUACACCUUAAAUGGAGUUGGGGUGAGCAAGACAUUUCAAAUUGUCUACACGAACGAAGAGGUGACUUUGGAUGACACGUUCAUGUUCCGCGCUCAAGUUCUCAUGGGAAGCAAUAAGAUAAAAGAAACUCUGGAGCAUGCGGAGUUCGUGCUCUUCUUGGAGCUGUGGUUCAACGACCAAACGGAGAAUACAGAACAACAUAUCUCAACGUGCGUUUCGACUCGCACCCUCCUGCUCAAUUUCUCUUCGACGAAAGGCCUUCACUACCACCUGCCCGUCCUUUUUGACUACUUCCAUCUGGCAGCGGUCACCGUCACCAUCCAUGCUCAACUUCUUGCCCUCCACCAACCACAUCUCUCACGCGGUAGCAAAACUUGGCUGAGUGGCAAUCCGCAAGAUUUCAAUUUUGGACUGCCGGAGUCUUCCAAUGAGACAGGCUUCCUAAAAAAUUUAGGUGGAACAGGAACCAAGUGCCUUAGCAUGGGAGGGAACAAGCUGAUACAAGACAAGCUGGUGCACCGGGAAAUCUGCGACUUGUUGCUCACUUCAUACGAAUCGCUCAAAUCUACGAUGGCUGAGUACGCCAAACUCCUGCCCUCUUGGCAACAAACCGAAAUCAAAAAGACUGCACUGAGCUUAAACACAUUAAGUAGUCUCAACGAUGUAGAAAAGUUGAUUGAAUCCGAGGAGGAAUUCGCAGCUGUGGCAAACAGCGACAUUGCUCAACUUUGUGCCGAGAAGAUUCUGCUUUGGCAGCAGUUCCUUGACGUCUUCUCGUGCAAGUACCCCGUCCACCAGUACCUCGCCAAAAUUCAUCAUCAACUUAGAGUUCGACGUUUCGCGGAGGCCUUCUUCGUGGUGGAGAACCCGCGCCCGUCGGCGGCCGGCUGUUACGACGCCAACUACCAAAGCUACCUGGCCGUGUCUGAGUUGGUACGGCGCUCUCGGUACCUGGCUGCACUACCGCCUCUUCCGGUGACUUGCCCCGAAAAUGACGGAGACGUCGCCACCAUCCCCAUCAUCUUCGAAGACCAGUAUCAGGAGGUCUCCGAGUUCGCCCGACGCCGCAACAUGUCCUCCGCCCGCAAGGCUGGUAGUGAUCCUCUGUUGACAACUUGUGGCAUUGGCAGGUCAAAGAACGGUGGAAGGUCGGGAGUGGAGCAGGAACCGGACGUGGGGACGAAAAAGACGUGGAAAACUCGCGAGGUUGACGAAACCGAUUGCAGUUGUGGGAUUGUGGCGAUCCUCGAGUCUCACAAACAGUCACUCAGCAACAGCUUACGCAAGCCGCAAGCUAAACCAAUCCCAAACCCAUCGGGGCCAGAGUCUACAUAUCAGCCUUACGAAAAUAUCACCAAAGCCUCUCUAACGUUGAUACCGCAGGCGCGACAUAGUAAAUCCUUGGAUCAAUUAUUAAAGACCUCCUUAGAGACUCAAGCUACGCUGCCACUACGACUGUCACAGCAGACAACUCGGAAAGCAGACAAAAUCAAAGACUAUAGCAGUGGUGAUAGUGGCCUAGACGUGGAUAAAGACUACCCCUCCCGUGAUAAAUCUAGAAACAGAAGCGGCAGGAAAAUGCAAGCUAUCAAAGACUACAGACUCCAGAAAGUCGAGUCUGUGGUGACGGACCAUCAAAGUAGAACGGGUGAUAAACAGAAUGGGGUAUACCGAGGAUUCUCGAAAUUAGGGCAAGAUGACGAAAAUCUCUGUUGUGUGAGGGAUAAUCUAUCGAAGCAAGGUAACAAGGAAGAAACUGUAUGGAAAAUGGCUGACGAAAAACACUCAAGUUGUCGCAACGGAGUUGCCGAUGAUCUAGGGGAUAGUAAAAUGUCAAUUAGGAGGAAAGGUCACAAUGCGCAUUCAUUUGGAGAUUCAAACGGACAACUAGGUAGUAACCGCGAUGUGACUGCCAAUUAUGCCAAGGGCCGGAUCAAUAACGGGAAGAAUAGCUCCAAAGUCAAAACGAGGAUGACUGAUACGAAUGACUAUAAAAGGAGUAACACAAUAGCUGGACUGAAAGAGUGCGUAGAGAAUGGCGAGGAAAAUAUACCGUGCCUCGCAUUUGACAGUUCAACGCUACCAGCCAGCCUAACAGACAAACGUAGAGACUUUGCUAAAGUAGGUAUAAAGAGUGAAACUGACCAUGCAACAGGCAUGCACGCAUUGGAGAACAGAAGUGUUUGUAACACAUUACCGUGUUCUUUUAGCAAACGGAAGGAAAACACACGCAGUUUGAAAGGAGCAUUCAAUACCUCGAAUAAAGAGCUUGAUCAAAGAGAGCGGAACAUUUCUUCAAACGAGCAAAGUAAUUUGUCAGUUGACAAAAUGAACCAGUUGAGAAGAAUUAAUAUUCAUAAUGGAACAUGCGGCACAUCAACCGAGCGCAUAAAUCAGAUUGGACAAGCAACUAGAGUGGACACCGCACGGGUAGAUGCAUUUACUGAGCAAAGCAAUACAAUUUCACAGUCGAACAAAUCAAGCAAGCAGAGAUCGAGCGAUCAGAUUGGCCGAGGAAGAUGCAUAAACGUAUCGACCGAUUUGAUGAACCAAGUAGGUGACCGCUCGUCGCAUCAAACCGAUGGGCUUAAAAACAGAAUUCAUAGCGUCGAUAACUUAGAUAGGAAUGAUCUCUCAUUUUGGACCACGUUGGAUUUCCGGGAUAGACUAGAUGGUGCCUGGGCUCCUCAAAAACAUUUUGAAGUGCAAAGUUUGCAGAGAAACAAGAUUGGAGAUCGAGUUGGUAGAUUUACGAGUGAAGAAAGUAGGCCUCGAGGGCUGCCGGAAAAAGUGAGCUUGCGCAGAAUUCGGUCACAGGGUCAAGCUGAUUGGUUAAAUGAAAGACUAGAUAGGAUUAAUAGGUGGAAGGUGGAGUCCGAUAAUCAAAAGAAACUAACCAAAGAGUGCACGAAUCAUAGUGAUAGAUUAGGAGGUAAUGGCGAAAAAAAUUCUCAAACAAGUAAAAAGGAAACAGGUAAAAGGAAACAUCGACAUCGGAGGAAAACUAAGAGAAAAGAUAAAGCAGAAGAUCGCCAAGAGGAAAGCAUGAAGAGGGAUUUUAAAGAAGAGCAGGCUCGGUUCCGAGAGUUUCUCGAAAAUCAGACUCGAAAAACAGGCCUAGCCUCGAUAAAGGAUAAAUUUUCUAGCUUGCCAUCAAAUUUUUCCUCUCGGAGGAGCCAUUAUAAAGUUGCAGAUAGUGAUUUUGACGAUUCAAAAGAAAAUAUGAACGAAUCGAAACAUAUCAAGCCAAGAAAUAAAAUUGACUGUCACAGAUCCACCAGACACACCAUUGACUUAAUUAACGAAAGAAGACUCGAUCUAAGGAUGUCCAAGAGCUUCACUGGUGGGAAAUCCUCAUUGCCAAACGCUCAAAAUUUUGAUUUGUCCGACGAUCUAGACGAUAUACGACUUAGUUGUUUGACGAAACCGCAGAAAGGUACGAAAGAUAUUCCAAUGCCUGAUUUUAGAAAUUUUGGGAGGACGAAUAAUGGGUCCAGCGCUGGGGCAGCAUCAUGGCACUCACAGAACUCUGAGCAUCGUAAACAUUCUCCAUUCAUCGAUGAAUCUGAACGGACUUUUAAGGUAAAAAAGAUAUCGAGUAAUUCAGAGGGACCGCACGUCGGUCCACGAUUAUCUCGAUCACGGGAUUCUAUCUUGAGCGAGGACAAAGUAGACCUACCGUCUGAACUGAGACGAAAGACGAAGACUCGUGUUUCAGAUGUUGAGUACUCCAGACAUAAUAAGGUGCAGAACGGUCCGUCUGGAAUGUCGGAGGGCAACAGACUCUCAAGAUCAAGAGACUCGAUUUUAUGUGACACCAAGAAUGAUCCGCCUCCACAAACAACCACGAGCAACAAAGGUAAAGCUCGAAGGAGCUCGUACGACAGUUCAACUCUUUCACAUUCAGGACUGAAAGCUUUGCCGCUGACAGACCUCAAUUUCAAACGUCAAUUUAACAUUUCGACAGGAAAAACUUCGGUAUUCAAUGAUAAUGUAGUGCAAUCAAUACCAAAUGACGUAUUAGCAGACGAACCUCUUUUCAAUGCAUCGGAUAAAGAAGAAGUCACGAUAAUAUUGGCAACACCGGAAGGCUUUGAGGAUGACAUUGGAGAAAGUGUUUCGGAAUGUUUUAAAGUCACUGAUGAGCAACUAAAUACCGGGUGUAGCUGUGAUAGCAAGUCGGCUUUUGGAGUCAUGGACGGACUCAAUAAUUUCAACAAAAAUAUGGACUUCAUGGUCGAGCUUGGAGGCGGUCUCAAUGAAAAAGGACCAAGAAAUCGAACUUUUUCGGGCACUGAAAAGAAUUCGAAGGGAAUCAAGACGUCAGGGAGUCUAGGCGAUAUUAGUCGAAGGUUUAGUUUCACAUUGAGCGCCCCUGAAAAGUUCCAAGGCGGUGAUUUAGAAACCUCAGGCGAUGGGUUAAGUCCUAAUUUAGGAGUCCCGGAAAAUUUUAAAGAUUCAAGCAAAUCACCUGUUCCUAAAAGGGAUGAAAAAUAUUGCGCUAUUGACGGUGGAGCAGGAGAGAAAUUUAAUUUCAACCAAUUUGCCCCUGAAAAGUUUGAAUGGCCGCGUAGUAUAUCCCCAAACUCUGUCAAUAAGAAAGUACUAGAUGGACCUGCUGAGUUCUCUAAAUUUUCAUUCAUGAAUGCAUCUCUUGAGAGUGGAUCGAAAACGAAUAAUUUAAGAGGGAGGAAACACAGCUUUACUUUUGGGACUUCUGAACGACUAAAUGGCAGUCCGUUGACGCCUGAUAAACAGAGUGAAUCCAGGCAAAGAAAAUUUAGCUUUUCGUCUGAAACUACGAGGAAGUUUAAUGACAGUGUCCCAGCGGUGCCGAAGCUCGAAAAUAAUCUUAAGAGCGAGCAAAUUCAUCUUUGGCUGAAUCAUCAAGGAAGUGCAAAGUUUGAGGAACCCUUACUACCCAAUAAGGGACUCGCGUCAUUUGGAGGUAUAGCGGUCGUUGACAAAAAGAACCAAUUUCAAGAUUCUUCUGAUAAGUUCAAAAAUGGUUCUCCUCAGAAAGGACUGAAAAACCAUCAGGGCAGUACUGCUUGCUCAAUCAGAAGCCCCGACCGGCUGAGUGACAAUAAAUUUGGUCAAUUUUUAGAGGUACCUGGUGAUGGUGACUGUGUGAAGCCAAUUAGGCUAAGUCACAGUGCUUCGUCAAUCGAUGAUGCGCAAAAAGCUGGGAACGGCCUUUACUGGAGCGAGUCCAUGCCAAAUUUGGCCAAUCCUGGACACCUAACCGAUGAGAUUAACAUGACAACGUCCUCAGAUGAGUCAGAAACUGACUCUGAGGGGAGUGGUUGGGUUUCCAGUCACCAUUCCUCGAUUGAAUCCUCGAGUGAACACAGUCAGCAAGACGCGGACCCUCGGGUACUAAAUACUGAUACUCUUCGUAGAAAACUUGAAAAACUUGCUCGGAAAAAUCAAGAGAAAACGCCAGAAACAACUCCCGAGGAUGAGCACGUACUUUUCUCAGAAUCAUUGGAAAAACGAGUUCGGCAUCAAAGAGAUCAACAAACUCUUGAGCUUCCCAAACAUAUUCAACAAAAAGUCGGAGAGAGAGAUCCAGCUGACAAACAACUUCACCUCUCACAAGGAGUGCAGAAACAACCUCCAAAGCGUUAUAGGAGUUUGUCUUCAGAAAACAUCUACAAUAUCCGCUGUCCACCAUAUUUUGAAAAAAUGGAGCUCCCGCGAAAAAUUGGUAAGGACUGUGAGAAGUCCAUCGAGGCUGAGUCAACGAAGACGACGACGUCAACGAAGACGACGACGUCCCGGCGGCACGAAUUUAGCGCGAGCAGCGAGGCGAUUCUCCUAGACGAGAGCGCGUCCUCCCCCGGUUCGGAGCAGCCGAGCGACGGAGAGGCUCAGCUGGACGCCGUCUACGAGGAGCUCCAGGUGCCCCCGCCGCGGCAGUUUGCCGAUGCGCCCUCCCCGCCGAGGGCCUUCCGCGACGGCGAGUCUCACCCCAAACUCCGCGACGGCGAGUCUCACCCCAAACUCCCCGGCUCCGUGGAUAAUAUUCUCUACCACGUUUACGAAGCCGUCGAGACCGACAGAGGAGCCAACGAUGAGGACACUCCUGUCCAGGCACCGCUCCAACCGAAAAGUUUGAUAUCUUGUAAAGCACCGCUUGCAACUCCCGAGGACGAAUUGGAUUAUGACUGGAACCUGGCAGGGAAUACUUUCCAUUCAAAAAUGUCAGUCGAAAACCACGCCGCUUUCCAAAAAUUGAAGGAUGAUUUCAAACGACAGAUCAACUUUUCCGGAAUGAUAUACAGCGAUUUUCCGACUUUGGCUUCAACGCUACCGUACUUCCACAUCAGUGACGAGUACAGGAUUUUCUCACCAGAGGGCGUCCAUCUCAUCGUCUGCGUUCAUGGUCUCGAGGGCAACUCGGCUGAUCUCCGCUUGGUGAAAACUUACCUAGAACUGGGCCUUCCUGGUGCUAACCUCGAAUUCCUCAUGUCCGAGUCCAACCAGAACGAUACGUUUUCGGACUUCGACACGAUGACAGAUCGUCUGGUAGCGGAGUUCCUGUACCACAUCGACUCGUGCGGGAUCAACCCGGCCAAGAUAAGUUUCAUUGGUCACUCCCUCGGAAACAUCAUCAUCCGAGCGGCCAUCGCCCGCCCCGAGAUGAAGCCCUUCCUCAACCGCUUCCACACUUUUCUCUCUCUCUCGGGGCCUCACCUUGGAACCCUCUACAACAAUAGUGGACUCGUCAACAUGGGAAUGUGGUUCAUGCAGAAAUGGAAGAAAUCUAACUCACUGCUACAGUUGGCGCUGAAGGACGCGCAUGACGUGCGGGAAAGCUACCUGUUCAGGCUGAGCGAAGGUUGCCGUUUGAGCCAUUUCCGGCACAUACUUCUUUGCGGCUCCUCACAAGACCGAUAUGUUCCCCUUCACUCGGCGCGGAUUGAGCUCUGCAAAGCUGCAGUCAAGGACACUACCGCCUUAGGCUCGGCAUACCGGGAGAUGAUACAUAACAUUUUGGUACCAAUCAUCAAGAAACCUGAAGUGACGUUCCUGCGCUACGACGUCCACCACGCGCUACCCAACACGGCCAACUCCCUCAUCGGUCGCGCCGCCCACAUAGCCGUUCUCGAUUCCGAGCUCUUCAUCGAGAAAUUCCUCACAGUUACCGCCCUCAAGUAUUUCAGAUAGUCACCUCGAAACUCCUCCAGAGGCUCUGCCCUAAAGACGUGUUAUUCAGAGAUUUAAAGACUAUAAAUCGGCUGAUUUUACUUCCCGCCUCCCGCACCCCAUCUCUUGGUUGAUUAUUGAAAUUGAUAGACAAUAAAGCAAUAGAGUAAGAGGACAAUAAGAAAAUGGAACAAACCUGUCGGUUGAAACGGGUAGUUUUCAAAGUCUAAGGGGGAAAA